AUGAAAUCAAGGCAUCUGAAUGUGGGGGUAAAGUAGAAAAUACAGGCAGAAAUUUAUUUGCAUGCUCUCAUAAAAUUAAAUUGCACUCAGUUCUAAAAAGAAUCUCUGAUAAUUAUUAAUAGCAUGAAGAAUAUUAUGAAGAUAAUGAAAACUUAGCAUAAAUUAUUAAGUUAUCCAAACAUAACUCAGAUCAAUAAUAUAAAUUUUAUCAAAUCAGUCAAGCUAAAAAGAGCUCUGUUGAAACCAGGAAAAUUUUAAGCCGUUCUCCUAUUAUAAGAAAACUUAAGAUAGUUCAAUAUUCUGCUUAACAUGGAGGAGGAGUCUCUAUACCUUCAAAUAAAAGGCAUAUUGUAGAAAAUAAUCCAAACUAACCAAAUAAAAUUAGACCAUCCUCAGAUGAAACUAGAUAUAAUAAGAGCAAUAAUUCUUUGA